AUGGGCAUCGUGUCGUUCCCCGAGGAGUGCUUAAAGAUUCCCCCCAAGGCCGACCCGAAGAAGUACUGUCGCUUCCAUCCGCAACGUGGGCAUGACACCGACGAAUGUAUGGUCCUCAAGAUGCAUAUUGAGGGGCUCAUUCAACGAGGAUACCUGGGGCAGUACAUGAAGAGGUCCCGGCAGGACCACGCUAAAGGCCCCGACAACACCCGAAAGAAGAAGGAUGGCGCUGGGCCCUCUACCUCUGCUCCGCGCAAGAGAGAGCUUGGCCAACUCACGGAGGACGAGGAGGCCGAGCCAGACAGCCCACCAAAGAAGAAGGUCAUCCAUGUCAUCUUUGGCAGCCCGGAGGGAGGAGACACACCCGCCGAGAGGAAGAAGUGGGCGCGGAGCCUGUACAUAGGGGAGGUCGUCCGAGCACCCCAUGAGAAGAGGACACGCAGGGAGCCCAUAACGUUCACCGACGACGACCUCCCGGAUGGCCCCAUACCCCACCGGGACGCAUUGGUAAUCAGCUUGGAACUUAAAGACAUCAUUGUCCACCGGGUGCUGGUAGAUACGGGGAGCUCCGUGAACGUCAUGUAUUAUGACACCUUCACGCAACUUGGGCUAUCCAGGAAGCAGCUCUCCCAGGUACGGACCCCGCUAUCUGGCUUCACCGGAGACUCCAUUGAGACAGAGGGAUCCGUCACCCUUGAGGUGCAGAUCGGCACCCCACCGCACGUCAAGACGUGGGAGGUAGAUUUCGUGGUGGUAAAGAUCAUCUGUGCCCACAACAUCAUCCUCGGCAGACCUGCCUUGGAGGACCUCAGGUGCGUCAUCUCCAUGGAGCACCUGUGCCUAAAAUUCCCUACCCCCAUUGGAGUGGGCGUCGCGCGAGGAAACCAGAUGAUUAACCGAAGCUGCUACUUAAAGGCCUGCCGCCAAAUAACGAGGAAGGACCUCCAGGUACACAUAGUAACUGAGAGGGCACUUCGAGAAGAGGAGAAGUGGCCCCGCGCCGAACCCAUGGUGGAGACGGAAGAGGUCAUCCUGGACCUCAGCCGACCUGAUAGAAUAGUGAAGGUAGGCACAGGCCUCCCGGCCGACCUCCGAGUUCGGAUUGUCGAGUUCAUCCGCAGCUACAGAGACGUGUUCGCCUAG